AUGAAAUUUGAGAUUUUGUUUUUACUCGUUUCCUUCAUGAUGUCUCAGUCAUUACGCAUAUCGCCUGAGAGCCCGGCUGAUUUCUCAAUUCAACUGUGUUCUCCUCAACGUCGACAAAAGACACAUGGGCAUAUGCAGUAUUUCCCUAUGCCUAUCAAGUACUGCGCUUCCAUUAGAUCUAGUAAGCAGAGACGACAUUUGAUUAAUGAACUACGAGGAACAACGUCUCAUGAAUCUGUUGUGAAAUUACGGUGGCGACAAGUAGCCAGCUCAAUAAGUUGUCAUAUGGCUUUCAAAGGCUAUCAAUCCGAAUAUCGUUUGACACCAGAUUUCGGAGCAUAUGAAACUUGUCAAUUCAGCUUGUCUCGCCAUGUUUAUGACUUAUCUGAGCUUAUAUCAAGAGGAAAUAGCGCUAAGAAGACUAGGUUACAUUUUAAUUCAACAAAUGCCAAAUGCCCUAUAAUGGAACUUCCAACAAGCUAUACAGACUAUAUAUCAUGCAGUCUUAUUGCAAAUGAGUGGUAUAUACUUGAAUGGGAUUCUUCUAUCCGUUAUGAAUCUUUCCGCAAUGGAUCAUAUGGUAAUUAUUGGUCUAACUACUCAACCAAUUUUGUCUUUCAACCCACUGAUCAAUUGAAUCGCAAUGGAACAGAAACCAAGUGGCUAAGUCGCCUCCUAACUAUUGAUACAAAAAUUGAAGGAUGUGACAAAGCCUCUGCAUUAGUACUCUUAGAUUCGUUCUGGCCACUUAUAUCAAAAAUUAGUGUAGUUUACAGAGUUAUACAUCACAAUACCAAAAAAUAUGAAAAAGAAAUUUUUUCAAACUACGUUGAUAAAUGGUCAAAAAUUGAUUUCAACCUUAACCCUUUGCAGGGAACACACGAGAUAUGUGCUCACUUAUCCACAGCAAAUAUGCCAGUAAUACGUCAGAAAAUAUGUAAAAUUGUUAUAGAUGAGCUAGACUGUCCUUACAGCAGCUCUGCUUACUCUGUAUUCUCCCUUAUUGGUUUACUUACAUGCUUCUUAUAUUUAUAA